UCCUCCUCCUCCUCCUCCUCCUCCUCCUCCUCUUCCCCCCCGCGGGCGUGCAGCCGCCAUGCUGGCCCAGAGCCGCCUGCUGCUGCUGCGCUCCGCGGCCGCGCCGCCGCGCGCCGCGCGGGGCUCCGCGCGGCAGGUGCGGCGCGCCGCUCUGGCGCCCUCGGCGGCGUCGGCCGCGGGCCCGCCACCGGCCAUCGGCCGCGCCCGGGCGGCGAGCACGCGCGCCGUGGUGUACUACCAGGGCCCCGGCGCGCCGGCCAGCCUCGCCAGCACGGGCCAGGUUGGCACGCACCGCGACCUGGCUGGCUCCGACGGGGAGUUCUUCGGCGUGGACCCGCGGCCGACCGAGGUGGCGAUCGAGGACGGCCGCGGCAGGCGCUUCACCAUGGACGAGAACGGCUUCCAGCUGGAGCGGCACGAGUGGGGGCACGUGGACUACUACAGCUCCCGGGAUGUGCUGGACGCGUACUACCCCGAGUGCGAGCGUCUGGUGUGCGAGAGGACCGGUGCCAAGUGGGCCUUGGCCUUCGACCACAACGUGCGCGCGGCCAGCAGGAAGAAGAGGCACGAGAUCGGCGGAGGCAAAAGGGUCGGAUAGUCCAGCGGCGGGCACUUCAAGCACUCGCCGGGGCAGCCUCGCCGAAGACGUGGGCGGCCGGUGCGAUCCCCUGUGGUCUAUCCGCCCCUGUUGCAGCCGCCGACGAGAUGAUGGAGGGUGGGAGUGCGGUGCAGGAUCGAAGAAGACACAACGCCACAAACAUAGACCUUUGGCGCUCCGUGUGGAUCUCUUGGAUCCGCGCUUGGCCCCCCCGCCCUCCGCGCGCCAGGGAGGGUGGUCCAGCGCAGAUUCAAGAGAUCCGCGCGGAGCGCUAGAAGUUUAUGUUUCUGGCGUUUUUUCCUCGGAGUUGGAACACAUACGUUACCAGUGGCGGGCCGUUUUUCAAUCCCAGGACUUUUUGGGGGUCGGGGACGACGUCGGGGUAAUGUGGUGUAUAUUUUGUUCCCCGCUUCCCCAGGGAAGCAACGAAAAACAGUAUACACCAGGAUCCCGUCUACCCCAGGAUCCGCAUUCUUCUGCGAACGUCAGUGCGGGGCCGGAAAAAGCGUCUGUGUAUCGAGUUCGGCUCCUGAUGUUUUCUUUUUCUGCAGGAGCCGCUCAUCAGCUACGGCGUGCACAACGACUACACCGCCGCCUCGGCGACCGCGCGCAUCCGGCAGCUGGCCCAGCCCCCGAGGCAGAACGACACCCUGCGGGCGAAGGUCGGGGCCCGGCCGCCCAU